AUGCAAUGCCAUUACUUUAAGAAGUGGAAAGCAAGUAAGGAAGCACAUCACGAGACAGAAGAUCACAAGAAAAGAGAAGAGAAAUAUGUGCCUCCUGCACCAUACAAGCCACCAUUGCCCUUUCCUCAGAGGUUUCAUAAAGCACAAUUAGAUAAGCAGUUUGGGAAAUUCCUUGAAGUUUUGAAGAAGUUGUUGGAAGAUUAUGAAACUGUUGCACUUACUGAGAAGUGCAGUGCUUUAUUGCAGAACAAGCUCCCACCAAAGCUGAAAGAUCCUGGAAGUUUUUCCAUACCAUGUCACAUUGGAGAAACAAGUAUUGAGAGAGCAUUAUGUGACUUGGGGGCUAGUGUUAGCUUGAUGCCACUUUCCAUAUGUGAGAAGUUAAAGAUUAGAGAUCUAAAGCCCACAACUAUUUCUUUGCAGUUAGCUGACAGGUCUAUAAAGUAUCCAGUUGGGAUUUUAGAGAAUGUACCAUUAAAAGUUGGAAAGUUUUUCAUUCCAGUGGAUUUUAUUGUACUAGAGAUGGAGGAGGAUGUAAGAACGCCCAUCAUACUUGGAAGGCCAUUUUUAGCCACUGCAGGAGCUAAUAUAGAUGUAAAGAAUGGGAAAUUGAAGUUGACAGUGGGGGAGGAGGAAAUAGAGUUUAAUUUAUUCCAAAAUUCCAAGGAACUAGCUGUGUUGAAUUCUUGUUAUAGGGUAGAUGUUAUAGAGCAUGAUGCUGAAACUGAAGUUACUAAACUAGAGGAAAAUCAAGCUAUUCCAAUGCAAUGCAAUCAGCAUAAAGUGCAAAAGAAAAAGUCAGCUUCACCAUCUAGUUUGAUUAACAAUGAAGCUUCAAAAGUCAUUCAUGAAGAUUGGGCAAGUUUACACUUGUUGCAACAGCAAAGAAUUAAAGGGAAGCAUGUAUAA